CCAUGGUACAGACGCGUAUCUCCACUUUACAACGAUCCGAUAUCAACCGCAAACUCCCGCCUUGAGGGCCUGCAUGUGGCGCGAGCCGCUUGUUUUGGAAGAACCCCGCAUCACUGACCACGAUGAGGCGCGCAUCGCUGGACCUCAGCGAGCCUGCUCGGAACAUCGAGGAGUCGAACGGGCAGCCAUCUGCAGGCACGGCUGACGCUGCCGCUGCCGCUGACGGCUCCCUGCCGGCGCCCGCCGAAGAAAUGGAGCUGGCCGAGGAAAUGGACCUGGCCGAAGGCGAGGGUGAAAACACGAAGGUCUACCCCCUGCCUCCACACAUCGCCGCCCGACUGUUCUACCGCCCGACAAACCAGACCCGCCGCAAGGACAGCGCCGCUUCGUCGCGCCGGAACAGCAUAUCCUCUGCACAUUCCCGCUCCUCGCACGGCUGUGGCCGCAGCGGAGGGCCGCAGAGCAAAUAUGUCGCACAGCAUCUGCGCCGCGCCUCGAUUCUCGAGGAUCGAAAGGCGCGGCUUGCCGACCGUGCUGCCCAUGCCGAAAAGGUGCGCCUCCGGGCGGCGCUCGCCAAGGCCAUGGCCAGGAACACCAGUGCGAGCGAGGAGAGGGCGCUUGCCGCCGCGCAGGCGCGGGAGCGCAACCUCGCUGAGAUUGCCGCUGCAUGUGCCGAGGAAGUCAGACGCGCCAAAGCGGUGGCCGAAGCCAUGAAGGAAAAACGCGAGCAAGAGAUGCGCAAGAUGAGGCUGCAGAUGGAAGAGCGGCUUGCCGAGGCCGAGCGGCGGCGGGAAGAGCUGCGCAACCGGAACGUGGCGAAAGCCAGGGGGAGGGAGCGAGGACAGAGUCUCGGAACCCGGAAGCCUAUGUCGGUUGAGGUCAUGCCUGGGGUCAAGGAGGUCAAGGAACACGAACCCAGGCCCCUCACCGUCGAAGCUGCUGCCUCGAAGAUUCAGUGGGUCUGGAGGGCUAGAAAGCGGAAGCAGACUGUUGCCGAGUUCUCGGCACUGGGAUUGUCGCUGGACGCGGUCAGAGGGACUUCAUUUGAUGAAGUCACCAUGCUGCUGUCCCAGGAGAAGGUGCUGCUCUUGACAGCGCGUAUCCUCCGCAUCUGCGGACUCAACGAAGGCGAUCCCGGCUUGGUGGAGGAGAUGGCUGCUGUACGGUCUUUCCUGAGUGCCUUCCUCAUCCUGGGCCAUCCAUCCCAGGUGCUCAGCAACAAGGAGGAACCAGAAGUCCCUGAAGAGACAGGGCCAAGCUAUGCACAACCCAUUCCCAAAGACAAUCUGGCCAACCCCCAAUCGCAAGAAUUGGUGGGCAAGGCCAGAGAUUUGCUGGUUUUGUUCGAGAACAUCCUGGGGCGCCUGACCGCUUUCAACAACUACACAGCACCCCCGGCUCUGAUGGCGGCUUUUCCAGAGGUGUACGCAACCUUCUACAACGCGUUGAUUGCGUGGAAGGCGCGAGACUCCAGCUCUCUCAUCGACUUGAUGGUAAUGCAGUUCGUCGAGCUAGACGCCAUUUGGGAGUCCGUCAAAGACACGACGGACGGCUCGGUGGAUCAGGUGUACAAGGAGAGCAUCCGGAAUAACCAACUUCUCCUGCUCGUGCGGAUCAAGAAGCUCGCUGGCCCGGCCAAAGGGAAGCAACUGGUCGCAGACGCCGUAAGGGCCGCGCGCAAGGCACGGGCGAAGAAGCCAGUCGGCGAUACGAGGCCGCGUGUUGCAGACCAUUCGGUCACGGAGACGGCAAUGGGGGUCCUUGGCGUGGAAGAGCACCACAAUCAGCCAUCGCAGACGCAGACGCCGACGCCCCCGGCUACGCCGUCGAGAAAGGCUGAGCCGUUCAAGAUCAGCAUCGUGCUCCCCAGCGGAAAGAGCCUGUUGCCCGAGAACAGGAUCGUGGUCCACGAGUUGGCCAUCAACAAGGAGUUCCGCACCGAAGCCCACGAAUACCAUGAGCAGCAGAUGCAUCUGUUUGCGCCUCUCUUCGACGAGAUGCGGUCGACGAUGCAGGCGCACAACCAGGAAGCCCACUUUUUCCUGCUGCUCAAGGCUGCCGAGCUGAUCCGAGACAAGCUGCAGCGGCUCGUCAAGCCCGGCAACUCCAUGCAUACCUUCAUUGGUGAACUGCUGGAUACGGAGAUCGCCCGACGCCAAUUCACAAUGGGAAGCUUCUCCUACGAGAAGUUUUUCCAGGCCAUGGGGUCGCUGCUCCCGAAACUCUGUGCGCCAGUCAGAGACGACGAAGUCAAGACGCUCGUCGAGGUGAAGCUCAGCCAGGGCAGUUACGUUGACCGCCUCGAGGCGCUGAACUCCUUCAUCGAUGUCAUGCUUAGCGACUAUGCGAACUACCUACUACAGCUCGCAGCGCCGCAGCUCAUCCAGCAUGCGCCGGCGUAUGAGGCAAAGGCUUUCGCGGCCGACAUCGAAGCCGGCAUUCACGACCUGUCCGUCGCAAGCCGGGCAUGGCGCGCGGCACGGCAGAAAAUCCUCGCCGAGACGUCUCGUCGAGAUUCUGAGGGCAGUACCCAAGCGGCCUCCCGCCCCACGGCGAAUCGCAUCUACGCCCAACUUCUUGUCGACCUGUUUACACAGGUCUCUCCAGUCCCACGGGAGGACAUGCCCGAAAUGUUGCGCCUCGACCACAUGCGCGUCCUCGAAGCAGGGCGUGUGACCCGACACAUCAUCACCACUGGGGCGAUCCUGCUGCAGUGCAAAAACCUCUUGAAGCGCGACGUCCGGGCUCCCUGGAGGCAGGAGGCGCAGCGCAUCCUCGCGGUGCUCGAAAAGAGCGAGGACCCACGCGCCGAGAUAACACCUGAAGUCGCCGCCGAGGGCAUCAUCGCCGCGCUCGAGGCAGGGCGGUCGAUGCCGGCGGCAACGAAGCAGCACCUCCGGGGGAUGGUGCACAAGUUCCUCGCCGCCAGCGCCGAGGUGGCGGCGCCUUCGCAGAGGGGCCGCGACAUUCAGGAGCCGGUGUUGAGGCUGCUGCUGAACCGGCUGCGCGGACACCUACUGGCGAGGCUGACGGCUGCAUCGGCGAGCGAGAAAGUCAAGGCGACCAGCACGGCCGGUGAGAAGCUGGCGUCGCUGGGGCUGGCCGAGUUUGUGGACAAGGUCAGGGACAUGUUGGAUAUGAUGGGCCGCGUGUCCGCUGUGGACCGGGACGCGCACGGCACAUGGUGGGAUCAGGUCGCCGAAGCGGCUGAGGCGGAGGAUGCUGGCUCGCGGCUGGCUUCCCCUGCGCGCUGAAGCAGAUUGCGGAUUGGGUUAGCGGGGAUCGGAUACCAUGCAUAUUCCGGGGCAUUUGGAAGGGGGCGUGUUGGCAUUGGGAUUCUCUGCGUGGUGCACGAUGGAAUGGACUCGGACUGCUUGCAGCUUUCUUCUCGGCUCGGU